UCCUAUGGAGCAACUCUGCCAACAGGGCAACAGCUUGGAUUUGCCAUUUUAGGAAUGGAAGGGGGCGGAGACCCUUUGGGGCUUUUUGUGCCGAGUGGGCCGGCCAGCAGAGCUCAUACUCAAGAGACGGCCAGAACUGGGGUGGAGGAAAGCUCAGGCCAUCGCUGGGCGCUUGGGUGGCGGGCAGAAACCAGACUGGCAGUGCCUACACGUGCGCGUUCUCCAAGUCCGCCCGAAGGUACAGAAACUCGCUGCGGAGGUGGAGGGCAGGCAGGCGAAGCCCAGAGCGGUGCGUUCCGUCCCGCUCGCCCGCCGGCCGGCCAGCCAGCCGCAGCACCAGCUGCACUGACCAGGAGCAGAGCAGGAGAGCGCCGAGCAGCGCGCGAGAUUUUAUCCUGAUGGCUGACUCAAAACCACUCCCCGCCCUGAAUGGGAACUCCAUGGCUGCUGAAGCCUUGCUCCAGGAGGUGUUUGGGAUUGUCGUGGAUGAGGCCAUUCGGAAAGGGACCUGUGCCUCUGAGAAGGUCUGCGAGUGGAAGGAGCCGGAGGAGCUGAAGCAGCUACUGGAUUUGGAGCUGCGGAGCCAGGGGGAGUCGCAGGAGCAGAUCCUGGAACGGUGCCGGGCUGUGAUCCGAUAUAGUGUCAAGACCGGUCACCCCCGGUUCUUCAACCAGCUCUUCUCGGGCCUGGAUGCCCACGCUCUGGCCGGGCGCAUCAUCACCGAGACCCUCAACACCAGCCAGUACACGUACGAAAUCGCCCCUGUGUUUGUACUCAUGGAAGAGGAGGUGCUGAAGAAACUCCGGGCCCUGGUGGGCUGGAGUUCUGGGGAUGGGGUCUUCUGCCCAGGUGGCUCCAUCUCCAACAUGUAUGCUAUAAACCUGGCCCGCUAUCAGCGCUUCCCAGACUGCAAGCAGCGGGGCCUCCGCGCACUGCCACCCCUGGCCCUCUUCACAUCAAAGGAGUGUCACUACUCCAUCAAAAAGGGAGCUGCCUUUCUGGGACUUGGCACUGACAGUGUCCGAGUGGUCAAGGCUGAUGAGAGAGGGAGAAUGGUCCCUGAGGAUCUGGAGCAGCAGAUCAUUAUGGCCGAGGCUGAGGGCGCUGUGCCAUUCCUGGUCAGUGCCACCGCUGGCACCACCGUGCUGGGGGCCUUUGACCCACUGGAGGCAAUUGCCAACGUGUGCCAACGUCACGGGCUAUGGCUGCAUGUGGAUGCUGCCUGGGGUGGGAGCGUCCUGCUGUCACAGACACACAGGCAUCUCCUGGAUGGGAUCCAGAGGGCUGACUCUGUGGCCUGGAAUCCCCACAAGCUCCUUGCAGCAGGCCUGCAGUGUUGUGCGCUGCUUCUCCGGGACACCUCGAACCUGCUCAAGCGCUGCCACGGGGCCCAGGCCAGCUACCUUUUCCAGCAGGACAAGUUCUACGAUGUGGCUCUGGACACGGGAGACAAGGUGGUGCAGUGUGGCCGCCGCGUGGACUGUCUGAAGCUGUGGGUCAUGUGGAAGGCGCAGGGCGGGCAAGGGCUGGAGCAGCGCGUGGACCGGACCUUUGCCCUUGCCCGGUACUUGGUGGAGGAAAUGAAGAAGCGGGAAGGGUUCGAGCUGGUCUUGGAGCCCGAGUUUGUCAACGUGUGUUUCUGGUUUGUACCCCCCAGCCUGCGGGGGCAGCGGGGGAGUCCAGAUUACGAGGAACGGCUGUCUAAGGUGGCCCCUGUGCUGAAGGAGCGCAUGGUGAAGGAGGGCUCCAUGAUGAUUGGCUACCAGCCCCAUGGGACCCAGGGCAACUUCUUCCGCAUGGUCGUGGCCAACCCUUCCCUGACCCUUGCUGACAUGGACUUCCUCCUGGACGAGCUGGAGCGGCUCGGCCAGGACCUGUGAGCUUCUGCUCCUCGUCGCCAGCCUUGACACUGAGUCUCUGCUCCUCCCUGUGCUCUCAACACAACCCUUCUAGGAAACAAAGUGCUCUUCACCGUGUCUGUAUGCUUUGACCCACUAACUCUCCUAACUAAUUAUUUGCGAAUCUUUAAGUAUAUCCAUAUGAUAGAAUGUUAUUCUGCCAUUGAAAUUAUGUUUAUAAAGAGAAUUUUUAGUGGUAUGAGAAAAAUAACUUUACUACAAUCGUAUGUUUAAAAGGCUGGAUAUAAGACUUUUUAUAUAAUACCAUCUGAGCUAUGUUUAAAAAUACAUAGGAAAAGACUGAUAAAAUGAAAUAUGCCAAAAUGUUAAUAGUUUUCCCUGGGAUAGAAUAAUAGGCAGUUUUUGAAUAGACUCCUUUAUACCUUUUGUGCUCCUUCCCUUUUGUUAUGUAGUGAAUACGCAUUCCUUCUGUAAUAGGAAAAUAAUAAAGUUAAAACUUCAAAUAUAUUAUUUUGAUAUGUUUUGAAGUGUAUUACCUUUCAACGAAAUAAUGGAGAACUUUAUUUCUUUUUUUAAAAAAAGCAAGUAUAAGAGAAGCUAAAUAUAGGAAUAAUUUUUCCCCCCACAGUCUUUAGUGGGAAAGAAAGGACUAAAAGUAGAGUCACUCUAAAAUCAAUUGUACUUUGGUGACAUUGAAACAAAGUGGUCACUGAUUAUAUCUUGUGACCAGAGCCUUAUCCACUUAUCACUCUGGAAAAAUCUUCACACACAGACAAAAGGUUUUUCUUCUGUAAUUUAAAGAACAGAAAAGCCAAAAAAUAAAUAAAUAAAUAAACAAUAACAGCAGCAACAACAAACCAGCAAGCAAACCACUGUUAUGUCCCCUGGUAUUGCUGCUGUCUUACAAAAAAACAUCUAUUUAACAUUUAAGAUCCUGGCUGGUGGUGUUUCUCAGUCACUUUCUGGGAAAGAGGCAUUUGGCUACACAAGUUAUUAAGAACAAGUGGCAAGUCUACCAGAACUUUCUGUUAUUUCCAAUUCCUAAAAAUACCAUUUAUGAAAACAGCAACGUGGUCAUGUAGAAACCAUCCAAAGUUAUUUGAAGAGGCCAAUACAGACUGUACAAACCAUAGUAAAAGAACAUCCAAAUCGCAGACUCAAUUCUCUUGACCAUUUGAGACCAAAAUAAGCCUUUCCAUUCAUCCAUAAAUUACUAGUAAUUCCCCUAUAAACUUGUUAUUCUUGUUAUAAAUGGUAUUUUAAUUUCUUCCAAAUAAAAAAAAUUGUUUUGAGAAUAUCACUGUGAACUCUAAACCCUCAUCUUAAAGGAUUCUGUAUAUAUCUUCAAAACGUUUCUAAUAUAGUAAAAAAGAAAAAAAAUCCCUAUUUUCAACUCAAAUCCAGAAAGCAAAAACAAAAAUCUCCCAAUUCCUUGAAUCAUAUCCAUUUAAGAAAUACUUUUAAGACAAGGCCAAAAGAACAGGACAUAAAAUCAGUUAAUCACCUGUUUUUUUUCUUUUUUCCAAAUUUAUAAAACUGAUGUUGCUUUUCCUCCUUUCCCAAAAUUCAACCUCAAAAUCUCUGGAUUCACUAAGUCUCUCUCUUUCCCUCUCCUGGCUUCCUCUCUCCUGUCAACACUCGCUGGGCUCCUACUAUGUAUAAUUCUGUCCCCUGUCCUCAAAGAGUUUAAGAUUUCAUCUCAGUCAUCCCUCAACUGAGACCUGCCACUCCAGGGUGUCUGCCCCUGAUGUCCCCUUUUGCUCAAUGUUCAUCCAUCUACAUGGCUAGCUCCCUUUUUUUUUCCUUUAGGUAUUUGUUCAGAUGUCACCUCCUCAGUGAAGCCUUCCUUGACUAUUUAAAACUACGUUUUCACCUCCUAUUUCUCUACUUCUUAUUCCCUUAUCAGCCCUGUUUUUCUCCAUAGCAUAUAUAGGCACUUGGCAUACUACAUAUUUUAGUUAUUUUUCUAUUUUCUGUCUUACCCAACUAGAAUGUAAGCUCUGAGAGCAGAGAUUUUGUAUUACUACCUCCUAAAAUAGUGUCUGCUACUUAUUAGGUGGGAACUAUUGUUGAGUGAAUGAUUAACGAGCUCCAGGAACUAGUUGUCUUGCUCUCAGUCACACAACUUUUAGGCAGUAGAGCCAGAAACGAAACUCAGACCAUGUUUCUGGCUUUUAACCAUGGAGCUAACCGGCUUCUGUUGGCAGGUGUAUCUAAUUCACAGGUGUGGGAGUUAGGGCUGUUUUAUUAACCGUAUGCUGUGGAUCUACUGCUUGCAGGAAGGAUGAGGCCAUUCCCAGGUUUAGUCACCUAUCUUACCUCUGGCCUGGGGAAAUCACAUUUCCAUCAAAUGGGAGAACAAAAACAUUGGGAACACCUGGAUAGGUGGCAAUGUUGGAAAGGGUGUUUUGGUUUUAAGCACAAAGAAGGCCAGCUGUGGUGGCUCACACCUAUAGUCCUAGCACUUUGGAAGGCUGAGGCAGAAGGAUUGCUUGAGCCUGG